UUAAAAAUUUUGGCUGUGACUCUAGUAUCACUCAUUGUCAAGCUUGACACUACUAGACUGAAACAAAUAUAGUUGCCAGACUGUUCAAUUGUCAACUUCCCGCCUAAAUCCAAUCUGUCCCUCUAUAGACGUUGUCACAUUGACUAAGAUGUUACCACAUUGAGCCACAUAACCGCUUUGUGGCUGUGUCAAAACUUGCACACGCCACCGCUAUAACAUUCUCCAGCUGUCAUGGAGGAUUUCGUGUACGUAGCAUUCAGAUUUCGUCUUUCUCAAAUCCGAAUCAUCUCAUUGCAGACAACAGUUAGAAGUUGGACCUACAAGAAAAACCUAGCUCGUAUGGAUUCAAAUAUUCCCUGGAAUUGUACUCCUCCACGUUUUAUCUCUCGAUUGGACUUAGAAAUGGAUGAAGAUGGGCCUUCAACACUGAAUAUUGGAUUUCCAAAAGAUGCUUGGUGUGGAAGUUAUGAUGGACUGGACUGCGAUCAAACUGGCAUCCCAAAAUCAUGGAAGUACUACGUUGUAAAAAAAACUAACCAUUGAGGCCGGUGAGAAGAUUCCAGAAUUCUACAUGAUUCAACCACCAUGGCUGUCUAAUUGCAAGAAGUACUUUCUAUAUCCUGGAAUUAAUCUUGGAGACCCUCUUAACAAUCCCCAAGCUUGGGGGGCUGAGCUGUUCAGCAAAAAAAAUUUCCCAACGAGUAACUUUCUUGAAUGGAAACUGGAGGCAGUUCUAAAUCUACAAGACAAAAAGUCUUAUUCCAAAGCUCGUAAAAGGGUAAAAAGAUUUACAGCAAAUCCCAGCUUAUUGUGGGAGGAAUCUGGGAGCGAGCUGAUUGUCAAUGGAACCCGCGACGUUCGGCCAGUCAAUUUCAGUGACUAUGACUAUGAAGUAACGAAGGUUCGUCGGUGGAAAAAAGGAGCGUCAAACAACAGAGAUACCCGAAACGAAGUCAUCAGUGUCGCGGCCACAGCUGAUGGAUCCAAUAACGGGAUUAGUGAAUUGACAGAAGGUAAAGAUCCUGAAACAGUCACGACACCUAAUCCAGUUAAGGAAAAAUCAGAUUGUGAAAAAUCCAUGGCGUACGCUGAUGAUGAUCCUUUUCUCUUGGCUUCAACGUGUCCAGAUCCGCCGAUGAACAUCGUGAAUCCACCACCAGUCACCAUCAAACAUCGUGACCAGUCAUCCUCAAUAAGCUCGGGCUCGUUGCAAUUUUCUUCUGAUGAUUAUAAUAAAGGAUUCAAUGCUGGUUAUUCCAUUUGCAGUUUCUUCUGCCGUGGCAACUGCCACACCUUUUGCCACACCUUGUUCAAAUAAAAAGAGAAGGAGGACGACGGAUGUCUUUUGUGACGAUGAUGGUCGAUUUAAUUUCGAGACUGAAUUCCGUGAAAUGCAAGAUCAAUUGAAGCAUGUUUAUGCAUUUGUUAAAAGAAUGGAAGCAAAGGAGAACACUACACCCGUAUCGAGUUAUCACUCGGGUGUAGUGAAGAAGUACUUUGAAUCAGUAAAUGCGGAUGGAAAAAUUGUUUCGUUUAUACCGUGUGAUUCAACCGACUCUCUGCUGUCUUUGAAUUCUCUUCUCAAUUUUAACGAAUUAAUGAUAAGUUUGACUUUUGAUCUUGUAUCCAAAUUCCAAUCUUCAUCAAAGGAUAUCGACGCAUUCCUAAGAUCGGUUUAUUCUUCCCUCAUUAGCGAUUGCGCGAGUAAUCUUAUCCUAUGGAAGGCGGAUUCGAAACAACCGGGACAGGGGAACCUUUCUAAUAUCUUGACGGUCUUUGGCGUCGCCAUCCAUUAUUUUUCAGACUCGCGCAACCUAUCGAGGUUGAUAGUGUCCGAGAUCAUCAACAAGAUGCAAAAUCUACGAAAAAAUGUGGCGGCCAAUUAUCGAAAAAUUAACGGUGUUGGACCACCCAAAAAUGAGAAGACCCACGACAAAGAAAAUGAGAAGCCGAAUUACGUUUUGGGUCAGAAUAUUACAAAAUUAGAAGGUUUGAUGAAUGCAUUUAAUUGCCAUAAAUUCCUAUGUAAUUGUUACCACCAUUUUUAUUUGCACGUUAAUUGA